AUGACUUUUAUCUCCCACAGUGCCUCGGAUAUUAAAAAGAAAUUGCAGAAAUUCGACAGGGCAAUUGGCUUGAAUGUAUCCCAGCUGGUGGAUAUCACCUUUGAGGUAUUUAACAGCCAAGAGCACAAGAAAUCUCAGGCCGUUACUGUCUUCCUAAAGACCACUAGAGGUUGUGCCAUGCCCACCCGGGGGCAGCUUCAACUCUCGCUGCCCGCUCCCUCAGGCUCGUCAGUCCAGCCCCAGCGCUCAGACUGCUCUCCCGCGCCCACCGCCCCAUGCUCGCCGGCGAGUGCAGAUGCCGAGAGCGCCCCGAGCGGUCCUGGUCGCCUGGAGUCCUCCUUUUCUGUCGAGGCCAUCCUGGCUAGGCCCUACCCCCGUGCACCAGCUGCCUCAGGAUUGUCAGUCGCCGCCUAUGCUGCCCAGGGUCUCUGGACCGCUCCCUCUUGGACCCUGGGCCCCGUUCUGCCCUGGGCGUGCCGGGCCACCUGUCUGCCCGCCUAUCUAGGCGUGGGUCUCCACCCGAUGUGCCUCCAGUCGCCUGUGCUGGGGCUGCGCGCUGCUCACUUCUGUGUCUUCCCAGGUCUCGGCGUCACAGGCUUGGAGCUGACUCACUGCACAGGCCUCUGGGAUCCCCCAGCCUGGUCCACAGCUGAGGACCUUCAUGACACUAAUCAACAAAAGAGAGUUAGAACUAUGUUUAACUUGGAGCAGCUAGUAGAGCUGGAGAAAAUGUUUGCAAAACAACACAACCUGGUGGGAAAGAAGAGAGCCCAGCUGGCAGCCCGGCUCAACCUAACGGAAAACCAGGUGAGGGUCUGGUUCCAAAAUCGCAGAGUCAAGUAUCAGAAGCAGCAAAAGCUGAAACUGUCAGCCCCAUCUGCCAUAGCUGCCUCUCCAGACGAGCUUUCCAGCAGCUCUGACACCAGCAUCCAGAGUGAAGAUGCCAAGUCAGGAGUGUACAGCUGA